AUAAAAGGAUAUAAAGCUGAGGCUAUUUUUCUCCGAUGUUCAUCGAGCCAUCAUCAUCAUGUCACUUGUUGAUGCAGCAGCAUCAAACCAGUCCUGUAUAUAAGGCAACCUCUCUAAGCACAACAAUCACCACCACCAACCCCAAGUUUGAUAUAAGUUAGUGGGUUUCUUCUUAGUUUCCUAGAAGUUAAGCAUGGACCAAAUUAAGAGGAUGGAGUGCCAAGUCGAGAUCAAGUCCUCAGCUGAUAAGUUCUUUGAAGCCUACCAGACCAAAGCCCAGCUUAUGCCAAAAAUGGCCAAUCAAGUCGUUAGAGAUGAAAAACUUGUUGAGGGUAGUGACUGGGAUUCUGAGGGUUCGGUCAGACAAUGGUUUUUUGUUGCCGGAGGUGAAAUCAUGAAAGCUUUCAAAAGCUGGAAGUCCAUCUUCAACGUGAUGCUGACGGGGGAGGGAAGCUUGGUGAAAUGGACUACGGAAUUUGAAAAGCAAAAUGACGAUGUUCCUGAUCCUGUCAGGUACGGUGAGUUUUUAACUACAUGGACUAAAAACGUCGAUACUUACCUUCUCAAUAACUAAUUAAAUAAUUAAGGAAACAACAGACAUUAAUAAUUUGAUCAUAUGUUUCGUUCUUAAAUAAAUUAUAUGAAUAAUCAUAAUAAAAAAGUAUUUGAAUAUUUUAUAAUAAUUAAUUAAGUAUUAACUUAAUUAAUAUCGUUAUAUUUAAAACAAUAAAAAGAUGUAAAUUCAAGCGUGUUUAUAAAACGCAUGCUUUAUACAUGUAUAUUAUUGCCAAUGUUUAGGAUGAAAAUUAAUGUAACAUUUGCCUUGUAUAUGAAAGCACAUGCUUUCUUAUGUUAUAUGAUAGUUUC